UAUAAAUAGAGCUUUGUUGAGGAUUGGAAAAGUUAAGAACAUUUUACAGAAGAAAAAAUUAUGGUUAUCAAAAAGACUUCAAUUUUUUUUCUCAUUGUAAUAUUAACAAUUUUGUUGUCUAACAGCAACAUUUUGGCUUCAGGGGUAGAGAUCAACAACGUCAAAUAUACUUGCGGUAAAAUGUUAUGUACAGACAGAUACACAUUGUAUAUGUGCAUGACUGACUGCGGUGGGAAAGGAUUUGCAAUGGGAGCUUGUCUAUCUCCUACUCCAAAUGCUCCUAAAAGAUGUUGUUGUAAUCCCUAUAGUUAAUGAUCUAAAAAUUGAGUUUUUACUUUUAUAAUAUAUGAUCAAUAAUUAAUUAAUGCAAUAAAAUAAAAUAAAAAUCUAAUAGUUUUUAUGUAUAAUACUUUCUCAUUAAUUAUUAAAUGUCUUAUAGCUUUUUGUGCUUACCAAAAA